UGAGGAGUGAAUGUUACCCUUUGAUAAACCCUUUCUGGCAUGAGAAUGCAAACAUCACUGAUUCACACAGACAGCUUUUGUACAUGCACGGAACAUUUGUCAUCCUGAUGCCCCUCAGCCUGAUAUUGAUGAUUUUUGGAGGAAUGACUGGAUUCAUCAGUAUCCUUGCCAGGGCCUACCUACUGCUUCUAAUGACAGGACUGCUUUUUCUUUUUGGAGCUCUUGUUACACUUACUGGGAUCAGUGUCUAUAUUGCAUAUUCAGCUGCUGCCUUCGAAGAAGCUGUCUGCCUCCUGAGGAGUAAGGAUCUCCUGGUAGAAAUCGACAUCAGAUUUGGCUGGUCACUGGCACUAGUCUGGAUCUCUUUUGUCGCAGAAGUGCUCACCGGGGCUGUGUUUCUCGUGGCAGCAAGAGUUGUGGGUCUGAAACGGCGACGUGAGCAGGCGUUAUGA